ACCCACGAUUUAAGAUAUAUCGUGAUAGCACCUGAGCCAGUGCGAGACGUGAGCAUAGAUAAAAGAUAAACAACGUGAGAUAGUAACCCCGAAAAGUGUAAAUCGUACUGUGAAGCCUCCAGUGAUAUUGUCAACAUUGCUUAUUAACCGUCAACAAUAAGAUAAUAUUGUUCUCGUUACUGGUCGGAAUAUUUCAUCUCACGUGACCACAAGUGUUUGUCUUGUUCGACACACGGUUCCGACGUCUAAAGUGUUGAACGAAAGAACAUGAUCGUUGACGCGGUUCAAGAAAGACAGGAUGAGUUUAGUGAGCACGGAAAUUGCGACGGUCCAGACGCUCUGUACGUCAAGCUGAUCUCGAGCGACGGACAUGAGUUCAUCGUCAAGCGCGAGCACGCCUUGAUGUCGGGCACGAUCAAAGCCAUGUUAAGCGGACCAGGUCAGUUUGCGGAGAAUGAAACAAACGAAAUUCACUUCAGGGAGAUACCCUCACACGUGUUGCUUAACGUCUGUAUGUACUUCACAUACAAAGCUCGUUAUUCAAACAGUUCGUCUGAAAUACCAGAAUUCACUAUCAAGCCACAAAUCGCUUUGGAACUACUGAUGGCUGCCAACUUUUUAGACUGUUAACUGCCCUCGAUGACAGAAUAUUACUAACUUGCAUCAUAAUAAUAAUAAGACUUAAAUAAUUGUCAUAAGUAUAUCCUACUUUUAAAAAUCAUUUUAUUAACUCAACAUUUAUAGUAACAACCAUAUACAAUUUUAAUAUUCAAAUGUAUACAUCAAAUAGGUAUUAUAGUUUAUAUUUUAUAAUGCUCAAGUUUAAUUUUAAAAUACGUAUUCAAAGUAUCUAUUUUUUUAAGUAAAAAAUAUAAAUAAGUUGUUUAAUAAUAA